AUGACAAAACAACAAUUAUACUUGAAAUCAAUAGAAUGUGAUCCAACUGAUUCAAAUUCAUAUAAUAGGCUUGCAAUUACACUUUCAAGAGGUGAAUCGAUAACACUUAAUAAUGGACAAUCAAUGACUGUACAACAAUUAUACUUGAAAUCAAUAGAGUAUGAUCCAACCAGUCACAGUUCUUAUUAUAAUCUUGCAAAUACACUUUCAAAUGGUCAAUCAAUCACACUUAAUAACGGACAAUCAAUGACAAAACAACAAUUAUUCUUGAAAUCAAUAGAAUGCAAUCCAACAUAUUCCAAUUCAUAUCAUAACCUUGCAACAACACUUUCAAGAGGUGAAUCAAUCACACUUAAUGAUGGAACAACAAUGACACAACAACAAUUAUACUUGGAAUCAAUAGAAUGUGAUCCAACCAAUUCCAAUUCAUAUCAUAACCUUGCAACGACACUUUCAAAUGGUGAAUCAAUCACACUUAAUGAUGGACAAUCAAUGACAAAACAACAAUUAUACUUGAAAUCAAUUGAAUGUGAUCCAACCAAUUCAUAUUCAUAUCAUAACCUUGCAACGACACUUUCAAAUGGUGAAUCAAUCACACUUAAUAAUGGACAAUCAAUGACAAAACAACAAUUAUACUUGAAAUCAAUAGAAUGUGAUCCAACCAAUUCAUAUUCAUAUCAUAGCCUUACAAAUACACUUUCAAGAGGUGAAUCAAUCACACUUAAUAAUGGACAAUCAAUGACUGUACAACAAUUAUACUUGAAAUCAAUAGAAUGUGAUCCAACCAAUUCCGAUUCGUAUUAUAAACUUUUAAUUACACUUUCAAGAGGUGAAUCAAUCAUUCUUAAUAACGGACAAUCAAUGACUCAACAACAAUUAUACUUGAAAUUAAUAGAAUGUGAUCCCAGCAAAUACGAUUCAUAUUAUAACCUUGCCAUUACACUAUCUCGAAUUAUAAUAUUCGAAUCAACUCACACUUCAAUGAUUAUUAAGAAUUCAACCAUCACAAUUCAAACAGAAAACUAUAUGUUUAAGUUGGAGCAACCAGAGUCUACCAAAGAAAAUGAUAACAAGAAUAGUAUUAGUAGUAGUAGUGGUAGUAGUAGUAUUAGUAAUAGUAAUAGUUCAGUUUCUAAAAUAAAUACAUACCACGUUAAUAGUGUUAAAUUCAAGUGUGAGCAUUGUUUAUAUUCUUAUAGUGAAUUGACCAAACUCAAUAGGCACAAGAGAGAAAAGCACCCCAAUGAAAUGAAAAAGUCACAUUGGGAGCAACCACUCCAAGUGAAUGCAGAUAUAAAUUCGAAGCAGUGUUGUCAUAACAACUGUCAAUACUUUUAA